GUAUAAAUAAUGUCAAGCCAUUCUUGACUUCAUAUUGGACUGGCAGGCGGACAGGUAUUGGACAGUGAUGUCAUUUGUUUACUCUUGAGCUUCGCUAAAGAAUAGAACAUUUUCGCUACUGUGAGCGCAAUUUCAAGGUAAUAAUACUGUGAUGCCAUUGUUCGCAGAUGCAUUUACUGCAUCAGUGAGUGUAGACGUAAGAACGCCGUCCAGAAAAAGUUCCCGUAAUAAGGAAGAACCUUUGGUGUCAUCCACAGGUGUAGUGAAGUAUGGUGGUUCUCUGGUGGAUAUUGGAAAAUUAAUACAACAGUUAGAAAAGUCUGAGAAUGCGAGAAGUAACACAGAGGAGAAGCUCAAAGAGUUACAAAAGGAACUUUUAAGUAGCAAAGAGGAAGCCAAGAAGUCAUAUGAAAGAUGUAGUAAAUUGAAUAAGGAACUUAAAUCUACUAAUUCCAAUCUAAAAUCCAUGGAAGAAGAACUUCAGAAAGCCAUUGAGGACAACAAUGUUUAUCAGAGAGCAUUAAAUCAAAUCAAGGUGGUGAUCCGGCCUCUGGUCGCUGGCGUGGACCUGGAUGAGGAAGAUUUUCCCAUGAAGGAAAUCAAGGAUAAUUCUAAAGUCAAAUCAGAGCCUUUAGAGAAUGGAACAUUUGAGUGAAUGAACAGAAGUUAUAAGUGAGAACUACCUAAUAUAGUAAACAUUUGCAUUAUUAUCUUGAACUGAUAAUAUUGGAAAUUAAAUAUUUGAGUACAAGAAAUGAAGAUUACUAUAAUGUAAGUUUACAAGGGAAAUAUUAAUUAAAAGAAAUUGUGUUCAUUCAAAGAAGUGUUGCACAUUUAUAACUCAGGUUCAUUAAGGUAAAUGUGUGUGUAUAAGCAUGUUAUCAUACUGUUGAUAAUAUAGAAGAUUUAUUACUUCAUAGAUAACACUUGCAAAACUGGAUUUGCAUUAUGCUUUAAAAAUUAUGAUUGAGAUAUUCUUGGUCAUGUGAUGAUAUUUCUUAGUGUGUUUAUAAGGAUUUGCUUCAGCUGUGUCAGUUAUGAGGAGGUGACAUUAAAUUGACUGCUGUUUUAAACAGUUCUGCAAUGAUUGAUUUUAUUUUUAUAGGUAAAGUACUUAAUUAUGGAUUAUAUUAUUUUCAAGAAUUUCUAACAAUGUGGGUAUUGAUCAUUUACAGGAUAUGCAUAUACAGUAUUGUAUUAGUUUUUAUCAUACAUGAAGCUUGAUGCUUUGAACUGCGAGUACAAUAUUUUGUAAAAAAGAAAAGGUUAAAAUAUUCCUUUAAGGAUAUAUCCAACUUGAGCAGUGUCAUGUGUUUGUAACAUUCUUGAGUACUUUUUGUAAAAGAUGAAAUUUGUUUACAUAAUUAUUAAGUCUAGACUGAAGAAUAAAGUAAGUUAUAUAUA